AUGUCCUCAACCACUUCCUCUCCACGGGUGAGACUCCGCCAGGGGACUUACAUAGGUCGACACAUCCCAGCAACGAGGUAUCAACCCAAGGCCCUCGAAGUUUUUCUCGGCAUCCCAUACGCGCAAUCCACAGCAGGAGCGAACCGCUUCCGGCCCGCUCAACCCCUCGACAUCGCCGGAUCCACCAAGGACGGAGAUGCGAUCCCGGCCGUCGAGCUAGGGCCCAUCUCGCCCUUCACAGACGCCACGGCGGAGCCUCUUCCCAGCAGCGAGGACUGCCUCAGCGUCAACGUGACUCGACCCGCUCUUCCAGAGGGCGAUGCUCUUCUGCCGGUCAUGGUGUACAUCCACGGGGGCGCGUUUAACAUGGGGUUCGGCGGGGACAGGGACCUCGCUUCGUUUGUGGCGUUUGCGAAGAGGGAUGUUGUGGUUGUGAGUUUUAACUAUCGGUUGGGGGUCUUGGGAUUCCUUGCCGUGGAGGAUGGGGAGGGGGCCAAGGAGGGGUUGAAUCUUGGGUUGGGAGAUCAGAGGGUUGCGAUGGAGUGGGUGAGGGAGAAUAUUGGGGCUUUUGGGGGAGAUGGGGGGAAUGUUACUUUGAUGGGGAUAAGUGCUGGUGGACACUCGGUCGGCCAUCACAUCCUCAGCUACACCCCCCAAGCGGCCCCCUUCCACAAAGCAAUCCUCGAAUCGGGCUCCCCCACCUCCCGCGCAAUCUGGUACCCCUCCCACCCGCGCCAAAAGACUCAGCUCCAAGACUUCCUCUCAGCCCUCGGCCUAUCCCCGACAGAACCUAACCCCCUAGCGGCCCUGCGCUCACUGCCCCUGGAGGAACUAACGGCCGCCGCUUCCAAGACGUGGCAAAAGUACGAAUCUUCUGUGCGUUGGCCGUUCCAGCCCGUCAUUGACGACUCGACCUUCAUCCCCGAUAGACCGCUUGAGCUCUGGAGGAAGGGAGCGGGCGUGCGCAUUCCCGUCAUCACGGGUUUCUGUACGCAUGAGGGGACGGCGUUUGUGUCGCCUUGCCAUUCUAGCGAGGAGUUCCGCGCGUUCUUCACGACCCUCAUCCCGGGUCUCACGGAGGCGGAUCUUGACCGCCUCGAAGAGCUGUACCCUGGCCCUCCCCCCUCCUCCACUUCAGAGGAGACGCUCACAACGCAGCAUCACUACGCCGCCCCGCCACCUUCUCCAGCCCUAGGACCCCACUGGAGGAGACUCGAAGCUGCCUACGCCCACUACGCCUACAUCGCCCCCGUCCUCUACACAGCCCACCAACUCUCCAUUUCUUCCCCCUCAUCCCCCGUCUACGUGUACGAAUUCGCCGCCUCCUCUCCCCCCCUCGCAACGGCGAACCAUACCGACGAAACACCCUUCGUCACCCAUUCCUUAAAGGAACUAGAACCUCACGCGGGGCUCGUCCAUGUCUCGGAGCGCAUGCACGGGUUCUUCGCGGACUUUGUGGCGGGCGGUGGUGAUGGUGUGCUUGAAGGUUGGCCGGCCUUCACGUCGCCUUGGGCCGCCGAGGAGGAAGGGGGAAAGGGCGGGGAUGUCGGCAAGAUUAUGGUGUUUGGGAAGGGGAAUGAUGAGAGGGUUGCUGGUGAGAGGGGAGGGGUCGGGAGGAAGGGCGUGCCGUGUGAUGUGAGGAGCUUGUCGGAGAGGGAGAUUGAGCAGAUAGGGUUUUGGUGGGAGAGGACUGCGUUGAGUCAAGGGUUUGGCGAGAGAGAGUGA